GAUAAAUGGGGCGCGGCCAGGGGCGUGGCCUGGAGGGGCGUGGUCGCGUGUCCCCGCCCGGCCGCCGUCGCGCCGCUGCCCCCGCAGCAUGGCGGGAGCCUCGUCCCCCCCCCGCGAGCAGGGCGGGCGGCGGCGGCUGCGGGACGACGGGCUGAGAACCGCCACCUCCGCCGAGCAGACCAAGGUGGAAGAGAUCGUGCAGGAGGUUUUUGACGCCUGCAAGACCAACCAUCAUGCCUCGCAGUUCGUCCUGCACCGGGAUAAGCACUUCCACUACCUGAAGCGAGGCCUCCGGCAGCUGACCGAAGCCUACGAGUGUCUGGACGCCAGCCGGCCCUGGCUCUGCUACUGGAUCCUGCACAGUUUGGAGCUGCUGGACGAGCCCAUUCCCCAGUCAGUUGCCUCUGAUGUCUGUCAGUUCCUGAGCCGCUGCCAGAGCCCCCGAGGCGGUUUUGGGGGGGGGCCCGGCCAGGACCCCCAUCUCGCCCCCACCUACGCCGCUGUCAACGCGCUCUGCAUCAUCGGCACCGAGGAGGCGUUCGGCGUCAUCAACAGGAAGAAGCUGCUGGAAUAUCUGCACUCACUGAAACAGCCCGAUGGCUCCUUCCUCAUGCACGUCGGUGGCGAGGUGGACGUCAGAAGUGCCUACUGUGCUGCCUCCGUGGCCUCGCUCACCAACGUCCUGACGCCCGCGCUCUUUGCCGGGACGGCCGAGUGGAUUGCGAGGUGCCAGAACUGGGAGGGCGGCAUCGGCGGGGUGCCGGGGAUGGAGGCGCACGGCGGCUACACCUUCUGCGGCAUGGCAGCGUUGGUCAUCCUCAAACAGGAACAUCUCCUGGAUCUCCGGAGCUUGCUGCGCUGGGUGACCCAUCGGCAGAUGCGCUUCGAGGGCGGCUUCCAGGGCCGCUGCAACAAGCUGGUGGACGGGUGUUACUCCUUCUGGCAAGCCGGGCUCCUGCCCCUGCUCCACCGCGCCCUCCACGCCAGGGGCGACACGGCGCUCAGCAUGACCCACUGGAUGUUGGACCAGUCGGCGCUGCAGGAAUACAUCCUGCUGUGCUGCCAGUGCCCAGCCGGGGGGCUGCUCGACAAGCCGGGCAAGUCCCGGGAUUUCUACCACACCUGCUACUGCCUGAGCGGCUUGGCCAUCGCCCAGCACUUCGGCAGCGGCGACCUCCACCACGAGGUGGUCCUGGGUGUCCCCGAGAACCGCCUGCAGGCCACGCACCCCGUCUACAACAUCGCCCCAGAGAAGGUGGUGAGAGCAGUGAUGCAUUUCUUGCAGCUGCCAGUGCCCAACCUGGAGCCAGCGGCUGCUGAGUAAGGGGGGGGUCCUGCAGCCCCCCUGGACUUUGCGGAGUGACCCCCCAGCCCCUGGGUCGAUGGGGAGGCCCCUGUGGCAUCUCAGACGGGCAGAGCGAGGUCCUCAGGGUGCUAGCAAUACCAAAAAGCGGCCCGGCCCGGGGCUGCCAGCGCCCGCUGUGCCCCCCCGAGCACCUCGCUGACCCCCCGGCGGGAGCUGAGGGGCCACGGGCCGCGGCGGAGCUUUUGGCAUCAAUAAAGCAGAACCGACA